AUGGCGUCCUCGUUCCAGGAUGCGUGGCAAAUUACGCUCGAUGCCGAACGCGAGCUAUUGCGAUGCCUCGCUGAGAAGGAACCGACCUUCGUGGAAUUCUCGCACUAUCUGUCCGAGUUCCGCACAGCAGCUCAAAACGCUAUUCUCCUGGAUUUCGAUGCCGCCCGCGAAUAUGAUAUUGAAGGGCGCCUGUGGGAUGCGCACCUGAAACUCAACACCCGGUUUCGCAAGAAGCUGUCUCGCCACAAGGAGGAAAAUGUCAAGAAGAAGCCGGUCGAAAAACGGAAGCUAGAGAAGCAUUACUUGGACUUCAUCAAGUCAAGCCAGCGAUUCUACCGCGGAUACAUUCAGCAUCUCUCGUCUCGAUUUGCUGGAAUCCUGGAAUUGGAGAAGGUUGCCUGCAAAUUCAACUUCGAAAAUCUGUCUGCGCAACCCCCGUCCACGGUUACCCCUGACCUGCGCAAGCGCAUUCUCCAAUCCUGUCAUGCAACACUUAUUCGACUGGGCGAUCUCUCUCGUUAUCGGGAAACUGAAUUGGUCAGUAAAGAUCGCAAUUGGGGCCCGGCCAUUGGAUACUAUGAUUUAGCUUCGGUUAUUUACCCUACGUCUGGCGCAUCACACAAUCAACUGGCAGUCAUUGCGCUCGCUGAUGGCAAUCAUUUUCGUGCCACUUACCAUCUCUAUCGGGCCUUGUCCGCCCGGGACCCCCACCCCUCGGCUAAGGGAAAUUUGGAGAUUGAAUUUAGAAAAGUCAUGAACGCAUGGGCUAAGCGGGAGCUAAUCCGUCCAGAGGAUGCGGGUAUUCCAGGUAGAGCUCUGGCUCCUUGGUUUGUCUAUCUGCAUGCGCAAUGUUACAAAGGAAACGACUUCUCUGAACAUGAUGAGUUGGAGAGUGAAGUUAUGAGCCAGUUCGCAGUGGAUAUUCGAGAACAACGAUCACUGGAAGGCACGCUCCAGAAAUAUUGCCUUGUCAAUAUCGCAGCAGAGGAUUUUGCUCGAGCACGAUCCACUGAAGAAUCGGCAAAUGCACGCAUCUUCUUCCAGCGCAUUAAUGUUAAGACAUUUUUCACACUACUGCAAAUUCUACUGGUUGAAUUGGAACGCUUUGCUGUGGAGGAUUCGGACAUUAAGACCACAGACAAUGUCCCAGACAAGGUGACUGUGGUCGCCCGUCGUAUCCUGCCUGCGCUGCGUCAUUACAGCUCCUGGCUUCUCACCACUUGUGACUUUCUUCUUGCACAGAAAGAAGAGAAAGAUUCGGCUUUAUCCAUUCAAAUCCAGGAGUUUUGGAAGAUUUAUGCAGGAACCUUGACUCUUCUUGCGUCUACAUUCGAUGUUGUGCAUCUUCCAGAGAUCGACUAUCUCCUAGAGGAGGAUGAAGAGAGCCUAGGGUUUGCACCCCUAGAUCAAGAAGCCACCAGACGCCGAUACUACGCUGCAGAUGAGCAGCUCAAGCCUCGGGUUAACGACCCCGGUGUCGAAAGAAGCCAUCCCAAUAUGGAAAUGCUAUACCGAAUUCGUGAAUUUGUCAUCGAUGGCCUUGAUAUGGUCGUGAGAAAUAGAAUCCCGGUCGUCCUUGUAGAUGAUGAGGAUAAGAAGACAUUCAUCUAUCAGGAAGAUGGACUGCCUUCUCAAUUCUUCUCCAGCCCCCAUAUCCACCAGGAUACACUCUCCAGCGCUAACAUUGAGCGUGAGGACAUUCCGCCACCGACUCAAGAUUCCAACUCUAUUGCUGAGGGUCGCAGCAUGUUCGGGGGCUCUCAGUCUGCCUCUGCAUCCAUGUCUGCUAAUAUGAACCGUAUCGUGGAGGGUGUUGAGCGCCUCGUUGAGUCUGAUACAUAUGAGAAUGCGCCUGAUGUCCCUGGUCAGUUUGAACCGUUCAUGCCCGACACCGGAGACAUGCCCACGCCAUCCGGUCAUAUCAGGCCUAGCCCUCAUGCUUUCCCCUUCAAUGAGCCAGGUGUACAGUCGCUUGGUACCCCUAUGGCACCUCCUGGGCUAGGUCCACCUAUUCACAAUGCUGAGACUCUUCGCGCGUCGUCGGCUCAGCCAUACACACCAUUGGCAGCUCUGCCCAGCAUUCCCAGCAUCUGGAAUACCUCCUCUCCUGGUUCCUUGAGAGGUGCUGCAUCACCCCGGACUCCACCCGGUCUUGGCCAACAGGCCCCAUUGCAUUCAAUGGCGUCGGUUGGUACCAACGUCUCCGAGCGCUCUCCAUCUCAAGAGCAGAUUUCCAACGAACUACUUCGACAGAGUAUCAUGGGCCAAACCCCACUUACAGAUUCUUACGAGACACCGACUGCCCCCUCGUGGAUGGCACCUUCCAACAUAUCCGCUGCAGGUCACCCUCGUCCUUCCGCAAAUCAAUGGGAGCGAGAGUCCCUCAACCGAAUGACUUUCGGCUCCUACCAGUUCCCCAGCCAAGCCAUGUCGAGCAUGCCAGCUCCAUCAUGGGCCAAUGAAGCCUUCAUCGCCAGCAGUUUUGCAUCCGGUGGAGGCCAGUACCCCCCUGGGCUUGGCCCUCAUCGCAAAACGGCCACCCAGCUCGGUGCAAUCGGGCAGACUCCGCCAUGCGGCCAAGGUGGCUGA